UCCUAAGGAAAUGUGUGGGAUCACGCUCUGUGUUUGCAAGUAUCCAGGGCUUUAUUGACAAACUGUUUUCAUUGUCUGGCGUUAGUUUUUGGUGCAUACCGAUCAUCUGAUAUAAACACGGGCGUGGCGACCGACAAGUAAGGGGGGGAAUAGGGGAAGAGACCGUCGUUGGGUCAAAAUGUCGAUUCAGUACGAUGUGGAACAGCUGGCUGACAGCUACGGGGUUGCGGACUCGUUCCCCAAAGAUUUCGGAUAUGGUGAAGAAGAGGCCGACAUCGAGGACAGCCCGGCGCCGUCCGACAGCAAACCCAGAAUCCUGCUCAUGGGUUUGAGAAGAAGUGGCAAAUCGUCGAUACAGAAGGUGGUUUUCCACAAAAUGUCUCCCAACGAGACCUUGUUUCUGGAGAGCACCAACAAAAUCUACAAGGACGACAUCUCUAGCAGCUCAUUCGUCAACUUCCAGAUCUGGGAUUUCCCAGGCCAGGUCGACUUCUUCGAUCCCACCUUUGACUACGAGAUGAUCUUCAGAGGAACCGGGGCUUUGAUAUUUGUCAUCGAUGCUCAGGAUGACUAUGUGGAGGCUCUGGGUAGGCUUCACCUCACAGUAUCACGGGCCUACAGGGUAAAUCCAGAGAUUAACUUCGAGGUGUUUAUUCACAAAGUGGACGGCCUCUCAGACGAUCACAAGAUCGAGACCCAGAGAGACAUCCACCAGAGAGCCAAUGACGAUCUGGCCGACGCUAGCUUAGAGAAGCUGCAUCUCAGCUUUUACUUGACGAGUAUUUACGACCACUCCAUCUUUGAAGCCUUCAGCAAAGUUGUGCAGAAGCUCAUCCCUCAGCUCCCUACUCUGGAGAACCUCCUAAACAUCUUCAUUUCUAAUUCAGGGAUAGAAAAGGCCUUUCUGUUUGAUGUGGUCAGUAAGAUCUACAUCGCCACAGACAGCUCUCCUGUAGACAUGCAGUCCUAUGAGCUGUGCUGUGAUAUGAUCGAUGUGGUCAUUGACGUCUCCUGCAUCUACGGCCUGAGGGAGGACGGCAGCGGCAGUGCCUACGACAAGGAGUCCAUGGCCAUCAUCAAGCUCAACAACACCACUGUGCUGUACCUGAAAGAGGUCACCAAGUUCCUGGCCCUUGUCUGCAUCCUGCGAGAAGAAAGUUUUGAGCGCAAAGGAUUGAUAGAUUACAACUUCCACUGUUUCCGGAAGGCCAUCCAUGAAGUAUUCGAGGUAGGCGUUUCCACCCAGCGUCCAGUGGGCCCACAGGCUGUGGGCUCACCCUGCAACAAGGCCGUUGCACUGAACGGCACGCCGCGCAACACUGUCUAGACACUGAUGCAAAAUAAAAAAUAAAAAGACGCAAAAAAGAAGGUAGAGGAAAGGAAAGGGCCAGGGAGCCUGUAGAGGAGAGACUAAACUGGGGCUCACUGGUGCGCCAAUCACAAACCCUUGCUCCCAGCACCUAAAGCACUGAGAGACAGCUGGAGCCAAGAGAGUGUGGGAGCAGCACUGGAGCACCGAGGGGUCAGGCUUCUAUAGCUAAGAUGGAAGAGAAAUUCAAGCAUCCGUUUCAGGCGAAUGCAAAGCACCGUGUUGGCUGUGAGGAAGCCAAGAGAGCAAAACCACACCUGGACAGGAAAAGGUGUUCGGUCUCUCUCUCUCUUUGGAUUUCCUAAAGCGGCCAGAGACUGUGAUAUUUAGCUGCUGGUCUCUCUGUACGAGAAAUGUGAGGAGGGAAAACCCUUGUUGUAACCUCUUGCUAUGGACAAGCUGUGAUGACAGUUUGCAGGAAUCUGUCUAGUGAUGAACCCACCCCGACCACUUCUGUGCUGAUUAAAUUAAAAAAAUAAUAAUAAUUAAAAAAAACAUU